AACAAUAGUUGAAAUAAUUUAUAAGUAAAUAUAAAUAAUUAGAAGAUGUUUGUAUUCACCUACGCGUUUUGGAUUAAUCCUUUCUUAUUACAAAUAUUUAUCGUUAGAGUAGUUACAACAUCGGACGAUGAUCGUAUACAUAUUCAGGCGGAUCUGAAAGCCCGAAGGUGAAAAAAAAAUGGGUAAAGAUGGCUGGUCUUGACUGUGAUUCAGCGUUGGACGAUGCGAGCUCCGAAACCCGCCGGUCUCUCCUUCUUCCUUCCAGGAAUUCGUACACUGCCAAUUGAGAGAACCUUCGGCAUCACGACUUCAUUCAACAAGAGUAACCCAUACGUGAUACGGUUCGACAAGCCUAUCCAAACUAUAACUGUAUUUUAAUACUUGUGAAUACGCACACGCACCAAAUAAACUAUAAUCGAAAAUUCUACGAUUUAUUAUUGCUUAAAACAAUUCAUUGAUAAGAACAUUAUUAUUUAGUUCAUAUUAACAAAAAGGAAAAGAAACAAACACAACGAAUGGGUUGAAAAUCUUUCAGUUGCCGACGAUCAGUCGAACGAAUCUGAUCAAUCUCAAGUGUUCCAAAAUCCAAUAAAUCACAAAGGUAAAGAAGAAGGAGGAUUGAGGAAGCUCAAACUCUUUCACUUAGUCACUUUCCACAUCGACUGCACCGAACUGAAUCCGUGAGAAACCUGUGUUCUUCAAACUAGGAAGAGCUUGAUGACGCACGCAAAUUACCAGGAAGAAAUCGUCUUGUAAGUCAAAAGAUACGCGACGACGAGUCAGCCGAUGCGUGUGUCGUUGGGAUACAACACACGAUUCCUCGUUUUUCUUCUCGUCCAAAUUAUUCAAGUCGUCUUUGUGAUUGUUUUUAUCGUUGAUGUCAAUGUCCAUGAAUCAUUUGCGAUCUACCACCAAUGCAAAGAUCAAGAUCGAAGAUCGAGAACGUUACUCAACAUCAAACAAGACGGUACAAAUCACCCGAUUAAUCCUCAAAAACGAAGAUCGGAAAAAGAUAAGCGAAUUGACGAAAAACAAGGAUGAAAAAACAAAUCAUGACAUUAGUACAAAGCUCGAAACACUUCGAGUAUCUACGGAAAACUCUACAGAAGAGAUCUCGAAAAAGAAGAUUGUACGUCGUACUGAUGAUUCUCAAGAAAAUGACGUGGAUAAACAAUUGGAAUUAGAGGAAGGAGGAUCGACUGAUUCAAGUCCUGUUAUGGUUCCAUAUGAUCCAUCCGAAUGGAAUUCGAAUCACGUAGCAUCGUGGAUUUCAUGGUGCUGUCGAGCAUUUGCUAUAAAACAACCACCGAUACCGAAGACUCUUCCAUCAACCGGAAAAGAGUUGCUGAAGUUGUCAUUGGAGGAUUGGCAAGGUAUUCCGGGUGGUCGAAUUUUGGCGAGGCAUUUGGGUUACCUGCGUUUACAGGCAACCGGUGUGCACAGUCCGGCGUUGCUUCAAGAUGAGAAAGUGGAAGAAAGGUUCGGCCUCCUACAACGGACUUGCUCGCUGAUUGGAUCGACAGCUGGAACCGGGGCUUCCGGGGCGGUCGGAGGCGGACAGGUUCAACUCUGGCAAUUCCUGCUGGAGCUACUCUCGGAUUCGUCCAAUUCUUCCUGCAUAGCGUGGGAGGGAUCUGACGGGGAAUUCAAGCUCACCGAUCCGGACGAAGUCGCUAGAAGAUGGGGAGAACGCAAAAGCAAACCUAAUAUGAACUAUGAUAAACUUUCGCGGGCACUCAGGUAUUACUAUGAUAAAAACAUUAUGACAAAAGUGCAUGGGAAACGUUACGCGUACAAAUUCGACUUUCAUGGUCUAAUGAUAGCGUGCCAAGCACAAGCGGGAAUUUCGAUGGAACCACCCGUGUCUUCUCGAGGAACUGGACCAAAUUGUCAUCCUCAUCAUACGCAUCAUACUCAUCAUCUUUAUUCAACAGGAAGUACAACCGGAACUCAACAUCAUUCUAUACCACCGCCUCCUCCUCUACCACCUCCACCACCACCACCACAUUAUUGUUGGCCAUAUCAUCGAUAUUCGCCACCAACGUAACGCCAACUCUUAUUAUUCCUCGAAUUUAUGAAGAACAACGUGAAUCUUUACAGAACUUUUUAACGAAUCGAAGGAAACGUGUUUGAUCAUUGUUGUUAAAUAAACAUAAAGGGAAUAACUCUUAAUUCAAUUUGAUAUGAACGCAAUUAUUGUGUUCAAGUUCGCAUGUACAAUUUUGGUGUAUAUUUUGUAAAACUCUACUUUCUAUAUCUAAUAAAAAUCAACUUGUGAUCAAGUAAUGCAAUACGUAUGUGUAAG